AUGGCAACGAAUCUGACUGGAAAUUCCACGACCGGAGAGGAGGAAGACGAUGCGUUAUUUGGACUGAAUAUUGUUGUACCAAUUGGAAUUAUAAUCGCAAUAAUCAUAAUUAUAGCAAUUGUUGGGAAUGUGUUUACCAUUGCAGCUUUCAUCAAAGACCGGAAGUUGCGCUCAACUUACAACAUCUACAUCGUUAACCUAGCCGUGACAGACUUACUCCUAGGAUGUCUCAGUAUGCCGUUUUACGCUGUGUACACUUUGAAGACACACACGUGGCCUUUUGGAUAUCAUUUCUGUAAAGCAUACAUGGUAAUAGACUUCACGCUGUGUCUCGAGGCUGUGCUUGUUAUGAUCAUUCUCAGUCUGGAUCGACUACUGUUACUUAAACAAGGGUCGCAAUACAUGCACAAAGAGACAAAUAAAGUUGCCUGCAUCAAGAUCGCUAUAUCCUGGGUCAUAUCGUUUCUUCUGUACAGCCCUGCUAUCAUUGGUUGGGACAUUUGGACAGGCCAAGACUCUAAUGAACCUGGCGACUGCGAUGUGCAAUUCGCCUAUAAUUUUGAUUUCACGAUGGCAACUGCUGUUAUUGAGUUUGGUAUACCUUUCAUAUGCCUAAGUGUUUUGAAUUUGAUAAUAUACCUAGAAAUACGUAAACGAAUACAGGCAAAAGAAAACUCGAAGAAAGUUCCAAAAUAUCAACCCUCCUCUAUUCCUGUAACAGGUACAAGCGGUAGCAAUCCAGUCAACGGAGAUACGUCCAAGUCGCAGGUCGAACAACAACGUGGAGCUGCGCAAGGAACAACAAUGCAAAAUGCAGUUCAGCCAAUCCAAGAUACUCAAAAGAUGCGUGGUGUUCGGAAGGACACAAAAGCUGCCAAGAGUCUGGGACUAUUGGUAAUCGUGUUUGCCAUCACCUGGGCUCCCUAUACGGUAACUACCAUCAUAAUAUCAGCUUGUGAGGCUUGUGUCAAUGAGGAUGUUUAUGAGUUCCUUAACUGGUUGCUGUGGACUAAGGCGGCACUUAACCCGUUCCUGUACGCUUACAAUAAUCAAAGGUUCAGAGAACACUUCAUGUACUUUCUCUUUUGCUUCAGGAAACGUAACCGUGUCCAUACUGAGCAAACUGUUUCUACAGUGUCCUAA